GCCAACCGCGGCCUGGGACCCCCGCUUGUGCCCGGCUGGCGUUGUCACAAUGCUCCCACCCAGUCGUGGCCCGCGGCACUCGGACGGAAGCAGUCUAUUUAUGUCCAGCAACAUUUUUGAGGAUGAUGGCACCUCUUCCGUCAUGAGCGCGAUGCCGUCAGUCCUGCAGCCGCAGCACACGGCGCCAGGGUACGAGCAGCCCCACCUCCAGCCCCAGCCCCAGGUGAUGUCGCUGUCAUUUGCGCCGCGCUUUGCCAGCAGCACGCCGGCGCCGCGGUCACCACAGCGGACGCUGGCGCCGCAGCGCCCCGCGCCGUCGAUGGCUCUGAACACCACAGCAGCCGCUGCAUUGCAGCGGCCAGCAGCAGCUGUGCCCGCCGGCGGUAGUUCAUCGUCCCCCUUCGUGGCCGCCGCCGGCGGCGAAGGAGGCAACAGCGGCUUGGCCACGGCAGCCGCUCCCAUGAUUGCUGUAGCUUCCAGGCCAGCGGAGAGGACGGGUGCGGAAGCACCGGCAGAUGUAGAUUUGCAAGGUGCAGAGCCGCCGGCGCCUUGGCGGCGUCGUGACCGCCUGCUGCUGGCCCCGCCGCCGCCAGCGCCAGUGCUGCUGCCUCCUACGCCGCUGCCCCCGCCAGCCCCAGCCGCUGCCGCGCAGGUAAAGGCGGAUGGCACAAUCCCAGACAGCCCCGAGCCUUCACCACAGCAGCCGCAGGAGCAGCAGAAACACAGGCCACAGCUUGGGCGCCCGCCAACGUUCGGGGAACUCUUCCCAGUGCUGAAUGACUCGGGCUCAUUCACGGCAGCCAGUCACGCCGCGCGGGUCGGCCCCGGCGCAGGCGCUCUGACGGCUCCGGGCUCCACCACGUCACCCGGCGCUGCCUACACAGUGGCUGAGGGUGCGCCAACAUCAAGAGCAGAUGCUGGUCCUGGCGUUCCCGGAAGCCCCGCCUACGGCUGCAGCGCUGGGGUGCUGGUUGACAGCGCUGCAGCCGCGCACGCCUCUGCUACAGCCAUCACCAGCAGAAGCAGAAGCAGGGGCUUCAUGCUGCCAAUGCCGCCAUCCGCCGCCAGUGCCAUUCCACGCCCGCCAGCCGCUGCGGCGACCAGCAGCGGCGGAGCCACAGCGGGCGUGUGUUCAGGCGUGCAGAGCUCUCCAGAAGGGGAAGCGACCAUGAGGCUCCUAAGGCGGAGUCUUGCUGCUGGUGACGUGCAGCAGGUGCGGUACACGGACGCGGCGUCCGGGGCUUUCCUGCACCUCAUUGCUGCGGGCACCCGCCCUGAGGCAGCAGGCACCCGGCUGCCUCUCUCUCUCAUUGCGCCGGGUGUAGAACCGGCGCCCGAUGUCGACAAAGGUGCCCCUGGCCUGCUGCGGCCAGCGCCCUCUGCGCCGCCUAUUGGUGAAGACACGCUGUCGCCCCGGGCAGCCAGCAGUCAGUCGACCGGCGCAGGCCGUGUCCUGGAGUCCCUGCCAGCCGGCCGGAUGCCUGGCUGCGGCAGCCACAGCCGACCGGCGAGCGGUUUUGCCUGGACUUCGGGCGGGCGCUGGAGCCCCGGCGGUGACCUAAACAGCGUUAUGUCCAGGUUCCAGCGCCUGUCGCAUGGCUCGCACCUGCAACAGCAGCUUCAACAGCAGCAGCAACAGCAGCAGCAGCAUACGCCGCAGACGUUGACUGGUGUGCACACCUCCAAACAGCGCGUGGCGAGCAUCCCGAACAGCGGCGGGGGCUCGAGGUCAUUAGGAGUGGUGUCGCGGCUGCUCGCCGGUGCAGCUGCUGUGAGGGCCACAAGCGGCGGCACCCUCAUCAGCCACGCCGCCGCCGACGGUGCUGGGCGGCUGCUGUCCGGAGCCACCCCAAAUGCGCUCGUUGCUUCCGUGGGCUCGCCGUCCUCGCCCUCCGCGCGGACAACGGCCAGCGAGGCGUGGCGUCAUCCGGUCGCACAGCCGCCGCUGCUCUCAACCGCCUCGCCGGGCCCCGGCCGCGGGCAUCAUCUACGCGUACCGCUACAAGGAGCGGCCGGUGGCAGUGGCGGCGGCCUCGGGAGUCUGGAGGCACAUUCAUCUCGGCAGCACUACGCUCAGGCGUCAGGCGGCAGGCGGCUGCCCAUCAAGGCCCCUUCGGCCGCUUUCCUAGGCUCGACCACGCUCGGCAACGCAGUCGGCAAGACAAGAAGGGCGCUGAGGAAGACGAGCUCCGCAGCCAAGCUGCUGAUACGCACAGCGGCAGGCACGCCCGGGCAGCUGCAGGUGCUGGACACAGCUAAGGUGCUGAUGCAGGGGCCGACAACCAGGGCCAACGCUGGCACUGCGUUUGUGGUGGGGUCUCCGCCGGCAGCGUCGGGAUUGCCCUCAGCAACGGGCGUAGGCUCUCCCAUGCAAGGACCGUCUGUGGCAGGCAUGUCGGGCGCAGCUGCUGGGGUUGGCGGCGGGGGCCCUCCGUCGACCUCCAGCGUUCGUAUGCGCGUUUCAAUGCCGGGAAGCACUCGCGGGGCCGCAUCGCUGGCAGCCGGCAGUAGUGCCGGUGGCGGCAUGGACGCGGCGGUCUCGGCCGUCCUCGCUGCCGAUGCGACAACGUUUGGCGAGCUGCUGCGCCUGCAGUGGUGCGUGCCAUCGGUACCCCCGGCAGCGGCAGCUGACGGCAGGAUGAUCUCACUUCAGCAGCAGCGGAGACGAAGCAUUGGUGGCUUGACGGGCGGGGCUGCGACAGAGCCACCCGUCAAGCUGACCCCGGACGUGGGCGCUGUCACAGAUGGCAUGCAACAAGUCCACAGCAGCGCCAACCCUGGAUGGACAGCUGAGCGUCUGUCAGCCGCAGCGGUGGACGCUGUACGCAUGGUCGCAAACGUUGUGUCGCCACGCAUCUCCCUUGAUAGGCCACGAGAGCCACUGCCCGCGCUGCCGGCGCCUUCCCAGAAAUCAGUCCAGGCGCAUCAGUCCCGCCAGUCGCAAGCAGGAACACAGCGUGCAGCAGCGGCGGCUGCAGGCGCUGCCGUGGUGUUCCGGGGAAUACGGGUGCGCAUGGGCUUGCACAGCCACGUCACUACGCCUGCGGACCUGACACGGAACGACGCGUGCGGUCGCGUGCAGUACAGCGGCUCCCUGCUGCGGCUGGCCAAGGCCGUGAGUGACGUGGGCCAGGGAGGCAUGGUACUGCUCAGCCAGGCGGCCCGGGACGCGCUGCAGCAGGCGGCGGAGGGCGAGUCGGCGGCGGCGCUGCAGAAGGCGCUGGGCGGACCCUUUGUGCUGCUGUGGAUGGGAAGGCACACGUUUGCAGACGGCGCAGUAGACGCGCACCUGUACCAGGUUGUCAGCAUGCCGCUGGUCGGGCGCCUGGCGUUGCAGCUGCAACAAUCAGGGCAGGCCCUGCUGCGCAAGUGCGCACCCGUGCCGCCUCUUGGUGGCGGUGUGUUCGAUGCACCUGCCGCGGGCUUUGGGACUCUGGCCCGAAUCUCAGUCGUGGGCGCGUCAACGCUCAUGGCUUGGAACGUCGAGGUCACGACGCGAGCCCUGGCGCAGAUGCACGAAAUGCUGCUCGGCCACCUGACAUGCUGCACCAGGGCCACCUGCAACGCAGUUGUCGAGGAGGAGGAGUCCAGCGGGCCUGAUGGCGGCGUGCGGGCGCGCGUCGCUAGCAACAACCUCGCCAGCUGCUACAUAGUGGAGGGGGCUGAGGGGCUCCUGGGCUCAGGCAAGAGCUUGGGACGUGGUGGUCGCAGCAUAACGGCCAAGCAGAAGUCCAUCUUCGCCGUCAGCCCUAGUCCGCCGAAAGGCAAGGAGAGCAUGCACACACAGCUGCCGCCGCAGUCUGGUCCCAGCACCAACGGGCGGCAUGCCAGCAGUGCGAUGCAGGCUCACAGCAUCACUGCGGCGAACGGCAACGCAGGCGGCCUAGGCGCCUCCAGCGGCAAUACGCUGUCCGGAGAGGAUGCGCGUGUGCCUAGCCGCACAGCACUCAGCAUGAGCGCCCCCUCCUGGCUGCACAAGGGCAGCCAGCAGCAGCCCCGCGCAUCCUUCACCGCAGCAUUGCGACAGAAGCUGCGGAUGCACAUUACAGCCAACAGCAACAGCUCUCCGGGCGCCAGCCCGGGGCCCGGCACAACGCCCGUGGGAUCGGUGGCGGCUCUCCGUUCCGACCUGGCCGUGUCCACUUCUGCAGCUACUGCUGUCGCGGCCCCGAGCUCACACACCAAGCUGCUGCCCAAGCACAGCGUGCCCGGGGCAAUGACGGCGGCGUGGCGCAACGGUCCCGCCCAGGCUGUGCACUGGCUGCUGUCGUGCCUAUCCAGCCUGCCGCAAAUGGACUGGCCGCCUGAGCUGCUGGAGCACCCGCUUGCGGAGGAGGCGUGGUUCGACGGGCCGGAGGGGCAGCAGCCGGGCCGGCUGCCGGCCUUGCACUGGCGUGGGCUGCGGACCACGGCCGUGGUGGCGUGGGGCGAGCUGUCGGGCUGUCUGGAACCGGGUUCGCUGAGCGGGCACAUGUCUUACCAGCACAGCGCGGCGUGGCAGGCGCUCAAAAGGAUCACCGCGGCGUCGCAGGUUGGCAAGGUGGUGGUGGGCGCUGACGUUGCUGCCAUGCUGCCGUCCGAGCAGCUUGACCACGCACUGGUCUCGAACCACGGCCCCAUCUCGCGCAAAGCCAAGCGCGGCGGCUAGUCAUGCAGCAAGGAAUCUGAAACUGAAUGGGUUUUAGUUGGUCUCUGUUUCCUCUCCAGGGCGGCCUACGACCGUGUAGGCUGGGGCGUGGAGGCUGUGGAGCUUCCGGUGUGGCCGGUUUGCACUGUACUUGAUGGGCGAGGUCAGCGGCGGAGGCGCAACACAUCCUGCUGCAGGGUGCGGGGGGAUGGCAGCCUCGCAUUAAGUGCCAGUGCUCCACACCUGUCUGUGAAACUAGUAAACACAACCUAAUGGCACAACCUCCUUUCAUGGCAUCUUGUGGUUUGUGAGGGCGCUAGAAGUUGCGCGGUCUUGCCUGGAAGUGCCUAACAACUGGAGGCGUAAACGUACGCAGCUCUGAAGCAAGCAAGGGCACACUAAUGAGUUACCUAUUGCAAUGACGGGUGCCUAUGAUGCAAAGUCCUAAAACCAUGCAUGAGCACACUUGCGUUAAGUUGGCCAGCGAGAGACAACGUAGGGUUGUACGACGGCCUUGUUCCAAGCCAGGAGGAACUAGGGGCCACUACUCCACUAACCCUACGGUAAACUGUGUGAUGGGAUAUUCAUUGAGCUACUGGCAUGUUGGGCAAUGUGAGCAAGUCUAAUGUCCGUGUCCCGGUAUUGCUGGGGCGGUAUUUUGAGGGCUGUAUGGCCGCGCGGCUUGCUCACAUGGGUCUUACGGCAGGUCAGCCGCAUUUACACAACCAGGUGUAGCCUGAUGCCAUGCCAGUGAGCCUGUGGCCAAGUGGCCUUGAUUGUGACAGAGAAACGGUUGUCCUUGACUUCAAGUGUACUAGCGUGUGUAUGUAUCUUGGAUGGCACCACAAAAACGUGAUGCAAUUGGUGUCUAGAUACACGAGAUGUGGUAACGAACGGCGUGAAUUUAUAUGGUUUAUCUAAUACAAGCACUGUCCGCUCCAUGCAGCGGUGUGCUAAUUUGGGCCUGGUUGGUCUAUAAAACCCACAGGCAUGGCGGCUUGGGUGUAGCUCUCGCGGUUUCGCCGUUAGCCUUCAUCUUAUGUGUGAGCAUGUCUCUGCAUGUGUGUGUAUAAGGGGAUGUACCGUAGUGUGUAUAUGUGUUUGUGUAUGUGCAUGAGCGCACACCGUGACCUUGGCAGCUCAGGGUGCUGCAUGUGCACGCGCAGCACACCUUCAUGCAUCGCGUGCCUUCAGCUGACCUUGAUGCUGAAGUCUUGAGACGCCGUGCAUGCACUCGGUGUGCCAGCGGCCACAGGGCGGCACUUGAAUGUCACACACGAUGUCAAGGGCGCCACUGUCCCGUGUUUGAACCUGCUUGAGCUGUCAUGGGUAGCUGGGUCCCAGGCAAAUUCCUGCGCACCUACUCAACUCUGUAGAGCCAUGGGUUCUAAGCGGCCUCCGCCAUGUACGUUUUGUGUGCGCGUCCUUUCAGGCCACACUGAGUCCCAGCUAGGCUACCACCCAAUUCCACUUCAUUGGUGAGGGUUCCCAUCCUGGGUCUAAGUCACCGAGCUGCUCAUAUAAGUGUGUAAUGCCAGAUCGGCAGACCAUACGCGCUGCUUCGUAAAGACGCACUUAGCGCUAUGGCUCGCCCCUUUUUGGACGCGAACGCUACAGCCUGCAGCCCAGCGUGAGACAUGAUGAUGAUGUUGUUACAGGUGGAUGUGUGGUCAUCUCAGGACCUGCAACGAGACUAACCGAGCCGCAAGGGCUCCUCGCAGUCCACGGAAAAAAGUGGGGAAGCAACAAAGAUAUAAAACCCGAUGCAAACUCGUGUGCGUUGUGUCCCGUUGUGUAAUCAGAAUACAGGCCCAAUCACGUUCUGUGCUUGUGUCAUUGUGUGCGUUGUGUGCUUGUGCCUCGUUGUGUAAACAGAAUCAAGCCCCAAUCACGUUGUGUGCUUGUGCCUCGUUGUGUAAACAGAAUCAAGCCCCAGGCAGAAGCUUGCGCCGUACAUGUGUGCUUGUGCCCCGUUGUGUAAACAGAAUAAAGCCCCAAUCACGUUCUGUGCUUGUGCCGUUGUGUGCGUUACGUGCUUGUGCCCCGUUGUGUAAUCAGAAUCAAGC